GCGGGGAGAGCGGGCGACGCGGCAGCACCCUACCAGCGGCUGGACUAGUCGGGAGACCCUAGCGCCCCUGCUCCUGGCCUCCGCCCCCUCGUGGUCUCCGCCUCCUUGCCUCACACACCCCCCGGGCCGCCCGGGCCGCAGGCCUUCCCGGCGCUCCUCCUCCCUCUCUUCAUACUCGCUCUGGCCGGGGUCCUCUUGCUGCCUGCUGGCCUUGCUGCUUCUGGGGCGAGUCCUCCUCCUUGGGCUCUCCUUUCUCUCUCUCUCUCUCUCUCUCUCUCUCUCUCUCUCUCUCUCUCUCUCUCCCCACACACACACACACACACACACACACACACACUCGUGCCCUUGGUCUCUGGGCCACCCCUUCCUCUCCAGCCCUACUCCUCUCGUUCUUGCUAACGCCGCCGUSGGGGGAGGAUUGAUGUCCGUUCAGCAUCAUGCAGCCACCGCCGAGAAAGGUGAAAGUAACACAAGAACUGAAAAACAUUCAAGUUGAGCAGAUGACAAAACUUCAAGCCAAACAUCAAGCAGAAUGUGAUUUGCUUGAAGAUAUGAGGACAUUCAGUCAGAAGAAGGCUGCUAUUGAAAGAGAGUAUGCACAGGGUAUCCAGAAGUUGGCUAGUCAGUACCUGAAGAGAGAUUGGCCUGGAAUAAAAGCUGAUGAUCGGAAUGAUUACAGGAGCAUGUAUCCUGUUUGGAAAUCCUUUCUCGAGGGAACAAUGCAGGUAGCCCAGUCUCGGAUCAAUAUAUGUGAAAAUUAUAAAAACUUCAUUUCUGAGCCUGCCAGGACUGUGAGAAGUUUAAAGGAACAGCAACUAAAAAGGUGUGUGGACCAGUUGACAAAGAUCCAAACUGAAUUACAAGAGACAGUGAAAGAUUUAGCUAAAGGCAAAAAGAAGUACUUUGAGACUGAGCAGAUGGCUCAUGCAGUGCGAGAGAAAGCUGACAUUGAGGCAAAGUCUAAACUUAGUCUUUUUCAAUCAAGAAUCAGUUUACAGAAAGCAAGUGUAAAGUUAAAAGCCCGGCGAUCUGAGUGUAAUUCCAAAGCUACCCACGCAAGGAAUGAUUAUCUUCUUACACUAGCAGCAGCAAAUGCACAUCAGGAUCGCUACUAUCAAACAGAUUUAGUUAACAUUAUGAAGGCUCUCGAUGGCAAUGUGUAUGAUCACCUCAAGGAUUAUUUAAUAGCCUUCAGCCGGACUGAGCUAGAAACAUGCCAAACUGUGCAGAACACAUUCCAGUUUUUGUUAGAGAACUCCAGCAAGGUGGUACGGGACUAUAAUCUUCAGCUGUUUUUACAAGAGAAUGCUGUAUUUCACAAACCUCAACCCUUCCAGUUCCAGCCCUGUGACAGUGAUACUAGUCGACAAUUAGAAUCAGAAACUGGGACCACAGAGGAGCACAGUCUAAAUAAAGAGGCUAGGAAAUGGGCCACACGUGUGGCACGUGAGCACAAAAACAUUGUUCAUCAACAACGGGUUCUAAAUGAACUUGAAUGCCAUGGAGUUGCCGUAUCAGAACAAAGCCGAGCAGAACUGGAACAGAAAAUAGAUGAAGCUAGAGAAAAUAUUCGUAAAGCAGAGGUAAGGGGGCAGCUAACUAUGGCAUUUUGCCCAACUCCAGUCAGUGUCACAGCUGUGAUGUACACCUUUGAAGCUGAGUUCCUACACUUAUUAAGUUGA